CUCUCCUUCCUUAAUCUCUUUCUCAUUCUCACUCUCUACAUUAACAUUAUUCUUACUGCUAAUCCAUCCAUCUCAUCCAUGGCAUCGUCUUACGCCGCUGUCCUUUCCCUUCUCCAACUUCUUCACGACAUCCAGCGUCCCUCUGGCCGUUGGAAUAAUUGUGUGGACGAGCUGCAGAUUCAGUUGCUUCGCGAUCGCCUCUCUUACUUUAUGGCUUUUCUCGAAGACUUUCACGGCAAAUCAGAAGCUGCAGACGCAUUGGCGACACAAAUCAUGGACGCCUCUAGUGCUGCUGAGGGUAUCAUAAAAUCCUUUGUGUCUGUCCAGGUUCUUCGCCCAUACAUUAAUUUAGGGGAAUUAGAUCUGCCGUCCUACGCCAGAGACAUUCAAGCAAUUAUACGAAAAAUGGAUGUGCUGCGAGAAAGGGCGUUGGAAGUAAGAGAUGAAAUUGUCGCUGUGGAUCUCAAAUCCUUCAAUCCUCCUAUUGUUGCUGCUCCUCAUUCAAGUCAAGCAGCUCCAACUGCGAAGAAUCCUAUGGUGGGGCUGGACGAUGCUUUGGUUCAAAUCAUGGACAAACUCACUCGGCGCAGAUCCAAGCUGGAAACCAUCCCAAUUGUGGGGAUGGGUGGGAUUGGUAAGACGACUCUGGCUCUUAAUGUUUAUAAUAAUGAUUGGGUUGUUGAGCACUUUGACAUUCGCGUUUGGAUUACCAUCUCUCAAACAUACACUCUGCCAGAAAUUUUUUUAGCACUCUCAUCGGCUAUAGAUAAGCGUGAUAUGAAGGAAAAAAGUGAUGAGGAUAUAAAACUGUUUAUCUACCAAAGUUUGUUUGGAAGGAGGUACUUAAUCGUGUUGGAUGAUGUGUGGGAUAUUGAGGUCUGGAACGUGUUAAGAAGGUUCCUUCCCGAAAAUGGCGAUGGAAGUCGGGUUUUGUUGACCACGAGGAUGGUUGGUGUUGCAGAUGAUUUUGGCUCGGACAUUCCCUAUGCAAUGAAAUUGUUAGAGGAAGACAAGAGUUGGGACAUACUCCGUGAUAUGGUAUUCUCGGAAGAAGUUUGCCCGGUUGAAUUGGAGGAGAUAGGAAAGAAUAUUGCCACAAGUUGUGGAGGUCUUCCGUUGGCAAUAGCUGUAAUUGGUGGAGUUUUGAGAAGGACGGAAAAGACAUUGGAGAGCUGGGAGCAAGUUGCUGAGAAUCUAAAUGCAAUUCUAACUUGGGAAAAUGAGGAACAUUGCUUUAAGAUAUUGCGUAUGAGUUACACUUGCUUGCCGCUUCAUUUGAAGCCUUGCUUCCUUUACAUGUCACAUUUUCGAGAGGAUGAGAGUAUCAAAGUCUCUAAACUCAUCAAGCUUUGGGUUGCGGAGGGAUUUCUAAAACCGAUAAACGUUCACAGGAGAGGGGUUUCAGGUGAAGCAAAGUAUUGUGGUGUCCAUGAUCUGGUACGAGACUUGUCGCUGAAGGAAGCCCACAAGGAGAACUUUACCCUUGUUGAAAAGUUGUCAAGUACCUCCGCUGUGUUUUUGUGGGGGUUACAUAGUGAGAAUGGUAGCCACUUAUUGGAAUUGUUGUCCUCGCAAGCUUCGUACCUGUUAAACAACAAUUUGGUGGAGUCAAUUGUGCAUCUUGUGCAAUUCAGGUAUCUUUCCGUUCCUUUUGAUUCAGAAAAGCUCAUGCUAAAGAUUAUUAUGCUACCAUUUCUUUGGAACCUACAAACUAUAUCCAUACAUGGCAUUCCUACAAAAAUUACUCUACCAUCUAUGUUUUGGACGAUGACACAACUUAGGCAUAUAGAAAUUAUUAGUUAUAUUGUUUUACCUGAGCCACCUCCAAAAUUCCAGUCUUGUUGUACUUUGGAAAACUUACAAACUCUAUCUUAUGUGAUAGAUUUUAGGUGUAGUGAAGAGAUUUACAAGAGGAUUCCGAAUGUGAAGAAACUUAUAAUAUACUAUUUUUCAGGAGAUGUGGAGGAGGGGCCAUACUAUAGCCUUAGCAAUCUUGUCCAUUUGUGUAGGCUUGAGUCACUUGAUCUUUAUGGGAUGGUUUCCAUUAAAGACAUUUCUUUCCCACGUUCUCUGAGAAAGUUGAGUAUAAGAAACACUAAUAUUUGGUGGAGUGAGAUGGUGAGCAUUGGUUUAUUACCCAAUUUGGAAAUUCUUGUAAUUAGAACGGGUGGUGUUAAAGGGCUUGAGUGGAAUGUAACUAAAAAGGAAUUUGUUCGACUGAAAAGAUUGCGUGUUGGUUUUGUUGAUUUGAAGUAUUGGAAAACAGAGGAAGGUAGCUUUCCAAGCCUUGAGGAACUCUUCCUUCGUGGUAUCAAAUUCAAAAAAUUACCUGACCCUCUUGGCUUUGUUGACAUUCCCAAGCUUAGAUUGAUCUACCUUAUGGACUGUGGUGAGUCGAUUGAAAGUUGGGCAAAGCAGAUUAAAGAAGAACGUGAGGAAUUAGGAUACGGAUCCAUUCAAUUAAAAUUAUCUGAUUGGCGGUUUUAGUGUCGUUGCCAAUUGUAAAACAUUAUUAUCAUGUUGUGAUGUGUAAGAAUAGUUGGCAGAUAUUGAAAUGAUUAUUUUACUUUUCAAUUAACGAUGAUAUUUAUUCUCAA